AUGUUUAUCUUAACACAUUACAUCGGGUUUUUUAACCAAGACUUAAAAAAUGGCAAAAAAACUAAUAAAGCAUCUGUUACAGACUUGAGAACACAAAGCAUUUUUUGGUUUUUUUGUAUAUUGAGUUUGUAUAUUGAGGGUAAAUUGAAAAAAUAUUAA